AUGACGGAACACAGUUUAUCACAAAGUGAAAUUAUUCCAACGAAUUCAUGGAAUUCAUUAGGUGAAAGUGUUGCUCAACAUCGUGAAGUUCGAUGGAAAGAUAUGAAUUCUUCCGCACGUAUCAAACAUGUGACCAAAUUAAUUCUCAAAUUCAUGUGCCUUUUACUCUUACUCUAUAUCUUCGUGUGUUCACUCGAUAUAAUGAGUUCAGCGUUUCGUUUAGUCGGAGGUAGAAUAACCGGUAAAGCUUUUACGGAAGGUGCUGUUCUUUCCAAUCCAAUUGCUGGUCUUAUGCUUGGACUAUUAGCUACAGUCGUUGUACAAAGCUCUUCAACAUCGACUUCGAUUGUUGUUUCGAUGGUUUCAUCGUCGAUUUUGCCAGUCAAAAGAGCUAUUCCAAUUAUUAUGGGAGCAAAUAUCGGCACAUCCGUAACGAAUACGAUUGUCGCAUUGACACAAUCUAAUCGGCGAGAUGAAUUUCGUCGUGCUUUUGCUGGAGCUACAGUUCAUGAUAUGUUCAAUUGGGUGACAGUGAUUGUUUUAUUACCACUCGAAAUCGUAUCAGGUCUAUUGUUUCACUUAACUGAAGCAAUCACACGAACGAUCAGUCUCGAUCGAAAAGCAAGUUCAAAUCCGCAGUUUCUCAACGUUCUUACAAGACCGUUAACGCAUAGAAUCAUUCAAUUGAACGAGAAAGUUAUUCAAAACAUCGCUCUCGGAUCUGUUGAAACGGAUGUAUCUCUUGUAAAACACUAUUGCUCAUAUAAAAACACAACAGAUACCAAUGGAACAUUCAUCCUUACUCCAGAAAAGUAUUGUGGAUUUCUCUUCGCGAAAGUUUCAUGGCCUGAUUGGGGCAUCGGUCUUCUUCUGUUAAUACUUUCGAUCAUAUCGCUUUGUACAUGUCUUAUUCUACUCGUUAAACUACUCCAGUCAAUGCUGAAAGGAACAAUCAGUACGGUAAUCCACAAAACAGUGAAUGCUGACUUUCCCGGUGUUUUUCAUCAUUUGACACCCUAUUUAGCUAUUGCAGUCGGAUGUAUCUUCACGAUACUUGUGCAAAGUAGUUCGAUAUUCACAUCUACUUUGACACCACUUGUUGGAUUGGGAAUUAUAACUAUUGAACGAAUGUAUCCAUUUACAUUGGGAUCAAAUAUCGGCACGACAAUUACAGGUAUUAUGGCGGCAUUGACAGCAGCGACGGCACAAGAACUUCGAAACUCUCUACAAAUUGCUCUAUGUCAUACAUUUUUCAAUAUUUUCGGCAUACUUCUUUGGUUUCCUAUUCCAUUCAUGCGCAAUAUACCGAUAGCAUUAGCGAAGAAAUUAGGUGAAACAACAGCUGAAUAUCGAUGGUUUGCAAUUGUGUACAUCGUUGCAUCGUUUUUUGUCAUACCUGCAAUUAUUUUUGCUAUAUCUCUUGCUGGAUGGUACGUUUUCAUCGGUGUAUUUGGUCCAAUCUUGUUGAUUAUUUUACUGAUUAUUAUAAUCAAUGUGUUCCAAGUACAUAAACCAAAGUAUCUUCCUGAUCGAUUGAAAACAUGGUCAUGGUUGCCGAGACCCUUCCGAACAUUAGCUUGGUAUGAUGAGAAUUUUUUCAAUAAUCAUAAAAGAUUGUUAUGUUGUAAUCGACAUCAAUCGAACGAUUCAUCGAUAACAAUCAAGGAGAAUAUCGACAAGAAAUCUGGUUGUGUCAAUGCAACAUUUGAUGAUUUCGAUCGAUUAUCUGGUAUUAGUACUCGGUUCUAA